AUGAACAACACUCGAGACCACCCCGUGUUCAAGCGCUUGUCGCGUCAACAAUUGAUCGUACGCCGUCGAAGUCUCGGGCUCCAGCCGCUGGUUCUGGAUCCAAAGGUCGCCAGCUCCCGGAAGACGCGAUGCAAGCACUGCGGACGCCGAUUCAACCCCGUCUGGAAGAAUUAUCUGUGUCACUUAUGCGGUCGAUGGGUGUGCGAGCCUUGCUCGAGUGUCGUGGAGAGGGAACGUGAACCGCUUCUAGUUCGCUUCGUGCGCUGCUGCGUCUCGUGCACCAAAAUGCUCAACAAAGUGCCCGAUCCAGAGCUGCUGCUGCCAUGCCUAGCAGUUUCAUACGUCACGGUCAGCGCGAAUAGUCAACUUGGCCUGCACCUGGCCGAUGUGUUACGCACCAAGAAGGAUUUACGACCGACAGUUCUGCAACUACUGAGUUUUCUUGGACGGCCCCUUGGCACAAACGCUCAGAUUCUGGCUGAAAUCCGUGAAGAGGAUUGGGCUGCAGCCACCGCUCUGCAGAGGCGUCGAGAGAAACGUCGUACUGGCGACAGUGGAGUGAAGCAAGGAAACCCCGAGUGGGUGCAGUUCCUCGUUCAACAAUGCUUCGAAGUGUCAUUGACUGAGCUUCCUUUGGAAGAGUGUUUGAUCUCCGAGUCGGACGGUGCAAGGCACUAUCCGAUCUUUUACGAUGAAGAGACCGCCGUGCCCUACGCCCCGACAUUUCCUAACGAAGCUGCUCGAGAUGAAUGCAUAGCCAAGUGCAAUUUACUUGGACGCGGCAUUGGGGCGCAAAAGGAGGUUCAGUUGAUUUGCCAUCUCGCUGCCAAAGAGUUCGACGCGCACAUUGCAACUUUUUUGCGCACACGCGAUGGUGUCUGGACUGCCAUUUCUGGCAAGGAACACGAUGCUUGA